ACAACUCCAAGUCUACCCCUUUUCAGGCAAAAACGUAAAAGUAAUUAUGAAAUCAACGCUAUUUUCUCCUUCCUAAUCAAGUUUAUUAAUCACAGUUGGAGUAGAGCAAUUCGGAUAAUCUCGUGGUAGUCUCCAGUGGACUUACUCGCCCGAGCUACUGACCUGGGCUCCGGGGUUAGGGUUUUUGGAUCGUUGCAUGUGAUGGUGGAGAAAUGGCGUCGACGAUGAACGGAAGGCGACGUCAUACACGGCCGUACAAGGAUCGUUACGUGAACGUGCCAUUUCAAGUUGACGAAGACGGCUCCGCCGGCGGCUUUGACGCCGACGACAUCGGCGCCGUUGACGAACGGAUCAAUAGCGGCGCUCGGGAGAUGCGAGCUGUCAACUCCAUGCCAAUAGCGACUAUACUAACUAGCCCCGGCGGAGCUCCCAUGGCAUCACGGACUAGUGAGCUCACCAUCUCUUUCGAAGGCGAAGUCUAUGUUUUCCCUGCUGUUCCUCCCGAAAAGGUGCAGGCGGUACUUUUGCUAUUGGGAGGGCGUGAUGUACCACGUAGUAUACCUAGUUCUGAAUUUCUGUUGCAACAAAAUUGUAAGACUACAGAUGAUGGUUCCAGUCAACCAAAUGUGUCUAGACGAAUUGCGUCAUUGGUUAGAUUUCGUGAGAAGAGGAAAGAGAGAUGCUUUGAGAAGAAGAUUCGGUACACUUGCAGAAAAGAAGUUGCACAGAGGAUGCAUCGGAGAAAUGGACAAUUUGCCUCUUUAAAAGAUGCAGGAAAAGCUGCUGAAAAUUGGGAGUCAGGCGAAGGCACUCCUCAUCAAGAACACGUUUCACGCAGGUGUCAACAUUGUGGGGUUAGUGAAAAAUCAACUCCAGCAAUGCGACGGGGGCCAGGAGGUCCAAGAACUCUCUGCAAUGCUUGUGGAUUAAUGUGGGCUAACAAGGGAACUUUGCGGGAUCUUACUAAGGGAGGACGAAGUGCAUGCUUCGACCAAAGCGAUCCGGAAACUCCAGAGAUGAAGGCUUCUAGCAUGGAACCUGAAAAUUCAUAUCAUAACCAGGAUGAAGAGGGAAGUUCAGAAGAUGCAAAACCCAUGUUUGUGGAGUCUGGUUGCCCUUCACUUAGACCAAAUGCACAGGAUUUGCUGGAAACUGCUCAAGGACUUAGUGGUGAUUCUCCUGUUGGAUUAGGAAAUUCAUCAAUUAACCUGGAUGGACAGGUAUAUAUGCUCCAUUUUACCAUUUGUGGGUUUGAGGAGAGUGGGUGAGGUUGGGGUUUUCAGUGGAUCAUGCUGUUGCUCCUUGGAACACCUCAUCAAGGGUAGCUUUGGUUUUGAUUGAUAUACAUUAUGUACAGUUCCAAAAUUAGAUGCUCUGUGUUUUAGUGGAAGAGAGACUUUAUACGUCCAUGGUGACAAGCUUCCUGACUUGAUACUAGUAGUUAAUCUAUUGACUAACUCAGGGGGCCAUGAUGCUUCCAUACUUAUUCUAACAUUUGGCUAGCAGAGACUAUUGGCUCUUUUUUUCUUGCAACUAUUAGCUUAGAUGAACUUUGUUAAAUGCUUGCAAUUCUGGACUUAUUACUAGCAUGCAAAUAUUAAUUCCCUAACUAUUUUUUCCCUCGUCUCUUUGCAUGAAGAAACCAGUUGUGAUAGUUGAAUUGUAAAGUUAAUUUCAUUUUCGUUUUUUGAAAGCAAAAAAAAA